AUGGAAGAAUAUAUUAAUACUCUCAAGAAAACCGUCGAUUAGGAAAGAUCAUCUAAAAGACAUGUUUAAUAGGUUGCUUAACUAGAAAUUAAAAGAAUGUUUAAGUUUGAUCCAGAUACUUAGUUGUAAAAGUAAAUGAAAUAGUUUGAUAUUCUUCUCGAAAAUAAACAGUGGAAUGGAAAUUUACGAUUUGUCAACUUUCAAGGGAACUUUAAAAUUGAAUAUUGGAUUUAUAUUGAAAAACAAUUAAGAUUUUGUGAUCAGUUGAAAAAAAUGAAAUUUACUAAAUCAAAGUUAGGUUUAGAACAUCUUUAGCUUUUAUUGAAAUUGCUUAUUUGGCUACAACCUUAAGGGAUAGAAAUUGAAUUUAAUCAUAAUGAACUUGAUGAUCAUACUCUCAACGACUUCACUCUUGAAUUAAUUAAAAGCAAAUUAAAUUUAAAAUAUUUACUUAUAUCAAAUAAUCCUGGUAUAUUUAGAGGUAAAUACUUACAAAACUUAUCUGAUUGCUUAGAAAAAUAAUUAACUUUAAAUUUAAGCAUCAAUCAUUAAUACAAAUCAAUUAUUUUAUACAAUAAAAGAUUAUUUGACGAAAAGAAUUACUCAUACAUCUAAAAGAAAUUGAAAAGAAUGAAAUAUCACUCUUUUAAUUUAAGUAACUGCUUUAAUGAAUAAAAUUAUUAAGGGUUUGAAUAUUUGAUAUCUACUUGUUAUAGUGAAUCAGCCUUAGAAACUAUCUCUGAACUUAAUAUUUCCAAUAACUAUCUUGGUCCCAAUACACUUAUAGAAUCAUUAUUUGUUAGCUUAGCAAAGGCUAAGGGACUUUUAAAAUUAGGAUUAAACAACUUAAAUUAAUUAACCCAAUCUAAUUGCAAAGCAUUAAUUGGUAAUCGUUAUUCUUAUCUAAGACUAUUGGAACUUGAUUUAUCAAAUAAUUCCUAAAUUGAUGAAUCUGCAUUACAGAUUCUCUUAGAUGAAAUUAUAUCUAAGUCUUGUAAGUAUUUUGCCUUUGAAAAUACCUUUUAAAAUAGCGAAUCACUUUUAGCUAAAUUGUACCAUUUUGCUUAAGCUUUUAGAAAUAGAAUUAAAUAAGGAGAAAGGUUGAAUUUGGAAUCUAUCGAUUUGAGCACAAUCGAAAUUAUAUAGUAAUAUGAUUUACUAGAAGAUUUAUUAAAAUUUGUGGUUUUUAAUCCUUUUAGCAAUGUUAAGAGUUUAGUAAUCAAUUCAUUAACUGAUGGGAUCUGUUAAAGUUACAUUAAUGCAAUCUAAAACUGUAAAAAGUAAUACAGAACAGCUUAAUAAUUAAACUUACAAUCAAUAACUAUAAAAAAGUAAAAUCAACAAUUAGGAGAGGAGGUAUUAAAAUAAUUAUGGAAUAAUUUGUUUUUUACUUAAGAAAAAGAAUUUAUUUCAAUUUAAACAUUAUGUUUUAGUUCACGCAGCUUUGAAUUAGACUCAAAUUGCUUUACAUUUUAAUAAUAUUUAAAUUCAUUGGAUGUAUAUAGAACUUUUAGUUUGAAGAACCUUAUCAUUAAGAAUACUUUUGUAACUGAUAAAUUAACAGAGAAAAUACUUUAAGUGUUUUUGGCAUAAAGGACAUUUGAUUUGGAAACAUUAUAAUUUAAAGAAGACAACUUUAAUGAUACGAUAUACUUUGACUAAAUCCUUUUGCAGAGUAAAUUUUUAGAAAAUUAAUCUGAUAUAAAAUUCUUUACUUUAAAAAAGCUAGAUCUUCAAAUUGUUGGAUUAUAAAUGAAUAUAUCAUUGUUUUUAAAAUGCUUUAUCACUAAUAGUUAAGUGAAAUUAAACUAGAUCAGUCUUGCUAACUUAAGUUUAACUUAUGAUUAACUCUCUCAUGAGCAUUAUGUAUCACCUGUCAAAGAUGACAAUUUUGAUUUGUAAACUGUAAAAUUUAAGGACAAUACUGAUAUAAAUAAUAAAGCAAUUAAAAUAUUUUCUGAGUAUUGCAUUUUCAAUUAGUUUCUGGAUUUGUAAUAUCUGUAGAUAAGCGAGUUCGAAUAUGAUAUGGAUUUAUCAUUUUAAUUUGACUCAUUAAAGAAACUAUGUCUUUAUCAUAAAUUUAAGAAAUUCGAUUUACCAUUAAAAAUUAUUUUAGCUUCUCCAAAACUAGAGGAAGUAAAUUUCAAAAAAGUUGAUAUCAAUGAGGAUUUAUCAAAAUCUCUCAGCAAAUAUUUUUUAUAGCGUCAGUAAUAGGAAGAGCAAGGAAAAUAAUUAUUUUAUUUCAUAACUAAAUUAUCAUUUAUUGAAUGUAAUUUCUCUAGUGAAGUAUUAUAAUUCUUUUUUCUUGAUCCUCAUUGUGAUUUAGAAUAAUUAUCAAUCAUCUAAUGUAAAGGUUUUGAGAAAACUUUGGACAAAUUAGUUGCAGGGCUGAAAGAUUCUUAAUAACUCAUUAAAUCAUAAUUAACUGUUUUAAUAAUGAAAAAAUUGAAAUUAUAAAAAAAUAUCAAAGCAUUUUUACAAUUUUUAGAGUAUGUUUGCUUUAAUUAGGAACAGAUAGAAGAAAAGGACUUAAGGUGUCAAUUAGAAUAAUUAGUUUUAUCAAACUGUUCUUUAAAUGAUGAAUUUUUUUAAGGGUUAAUAGAUUUAAUAUCAACUUGCAUUGAAUAAGAGCAAAUAUCAAAAAAGUUUUUAAAAUGUAUUGAUUUUUCUGAUAAUAAUUAAAUAAAAAGUACUUUAUGGAGGAAAUUUUAUCAAUUGAUAAUGUCGAAAGAAUUUUAGCAAUAGAAAAAGACAAAAAUCUUAGUAUAACAUACUGAUUUUUAAUAAUAAGAACAGAGAUUACAUGGUUUCAUCGAAUAAAACCAGUUAAAUUUACAAGAUAAAAUAUAAUUGGCACCUGAAAAAUUUAUAUAAUCACCUCCUCCAAGAGUCUAAGAGAUGGCUUUAAAAUUCUUUACUGAAUUUGAAAAUGAAAAAGAGAAAACUAAUUAUUAUUAUAGAAUGUUGGCUGGUUUAGUUUAUUAUCCAAAAAGCAAGAUUAAUAAUUUAAAAAUAAGCGAUGUAGAUCUAGAUUUAUUUACAAGUAUUUCUGAAAAGAUUCUUAUACAAUCAGAUCUUCAAAUUAAAGAUAAAAAAUAAGCAUUCACAAGCAUUAAAAAAAUUUCUCUCUCUUCUAUUAAAUUUAAUGAUUCCUUAAAUACAUAAUCCUUUUAUUCAUUAUUUAUUAAUAAUUUAGUAUCUUUAAAAAUUGCUGAUGCUCAAAGUGGAUUUAUAGAGGGAUUACUCAACUUUUUAGAUAAAUUUGAAGGAAAAUUAAAAAUAACUAAAUUACAUCUCAUAAGGGUAGAUGAAUACCUUAAUUAAAAUUAAUCCAAUCAAUUCCUAAAGGACAUAAUCUUUGGGCAAAAGCUUCCAAUAAAAUAAUUAAAGAUUUCAGAAUCCAUAUAAUUUAAAGAUGAUGACAGAUUUGUUAAGCAAAAUCUUGGCGAUUGGACUUCAUUAAUAUAAAAAUUAAUUUUCAAGAUCGAGAACAAAGAUUCAUUCCAAUUCCUUCAAUCAUUUUCUAAAUAUCUGUUAGAGAGUUAAAAGUUACAACAUUUUGAAAUCGAAUGCCCUUAAAGUGGUAGCUUAUUAUUUGAUAAUGUUGAUUUAAUUAAUAGUAUACCUAAGUUAAAUGUGCUUAAACUUAAAACAGUUGUAGAUUUAACUCCCAAAUUAUUAGAAUAUAUUUCUUAAAAUUCGACAACCUUAUAAGAAAUUAAAUUUUCAAGUCUAAGAAUCUAAAAUAUAAAAGAAACCAUGGCAUGGUUUAAUAAUGCAGAAUCAAUUGCAUUAAAUUGUAAAUUAAUAACUAAAAUGGAAGAAAUAGGUGAGGAUGAAUAGGAUAAAAUUAUAUAAAAUUUCUUGAGUAAUAAGAUAUUUUAAUGGUAAUAACUUGAAUAUAAAUCAUUUAAAGGAUUGCAAAAGUUCAACAAUAAACAUCUAAGUGAUAAUUUUAAAAAUUUGAUUAGACUUGAAAUUAAUGCUUAAUUUGAAUUAAGCUCUCACAAAAAGAUCUCAAAUGAUUUCCUAUUGUAUAUAUCGAAGUAUUUAAUUUAUAACGAAGAAUCUAAAUUAAAAGAAUUUAUUUUAGUGUAAUGCAAUAUUACAGUAACAUAAAUCUUUAAAUUAAUAAACUAAGCAGAAGAAUAUUGUGAAAAUGUUGGAAAGCCUCUAUCUUUAACGCGCUUCACUUUAAGCAAAUCUCAAAAUAUUGACGAAGAAGCAUUCCAAGAAUUAAGUCGCUAUUUGAUAUUUUUUCAGUAUAUCAAAUUAGAGAGGCUUGAAUUAGUGUAACUUAAUUUAUCAAACUAAAUGAUUUAAAACUUGAUUGAAACUAGCAAAGAAUGGUUAUAGUAUCAGAAAUAGAAGGUAUUUGAAUUUAAAUGUUUAAAUUUUUCUUAUAAUGAUACCUUUGGAUCAGUAGAAACUUGGGAGUCUUUAUGUAAGACGUUUUUCUUUAGUGAAUAUACACCUAUGUUAACUCAUCUGUUUUUAAAUGGAAUGGAUAUUAAGAAUCAUAUUGCAAAGUUGAUUGCUAAUUGUGCAUUCUAAUUUUUUAAAAGAUAGGGUUUAAAUUAUCAGCAUCCUUUGAAGGAGAUCAAUUUCUCAUAAAAUAGAUCCUUAAAUGAAAUAGGAUGGUAUUUUCUAAGCAAAUACUUCUUUUUUCAUAUUUGUGUAGAAUUAAAAGAUAUAGAUGUUACGGAUUGUGAAUUAAAUGAAGAAAAUAAAAUUAAAUAGUUUAUGGCUCCUAUCUAUGAAAGGGUUAAGUAAUUUGGAAACAUAGGAAUAUUAAAAUUUAGAAGUGACAAUAUUCACUUAAAAAAUUUGUUGUAUAAAGUGAAUACUAUUCCAGUAAAAGAUAAAUUUAAAGUUGUAUCUGAUUUACCUUUUAAAAGAAAUAAAUAUGCAGGUUGGGGUAAAGUGGAAGGUAAAAAUUAAUCAUUUGGGAUUUUGUAGAAGAAUAUAGAAAAGACUUUGAAGAUGUAGAGAAGAAUCAAUUUUUGUGAUUGUUGGAAAAAUCUCAAUGAAGUAAAAUUUGGUGCUUACCAUCUUAAUUUUAUAAAUCACUUUUUAUAGGUUUUACCACAAUUAAGUCUUGAGAAGGAAUACUCAUUUUCUUAUUAUUGUUUGGAUUAGUUAUUUAAUUUGUUCUAGUAUCCUGAUAAUGGUAUUGGCAAUCCAUAUCCACUUUCAGGAUUGUUCAAUCAAAGAUGCCAAGACUUCUUUAGUACUUCGCAAAUAUCUAAAAUAACUUUAGUAGAAACCCUUUUUCCCACCGCUUGA